AGAUAGACAAACACGGACGGCAAUUUGUUGUUUUUUUUCACUCUACCAUAAAAUACCUUUUGUUUUGCGGCACUCACGCAUUCAGUUCGUUUCUCUUCUACAGCUAAAAGCUAAAAACUAAUAAAAACGCAACGCCGUUACUCCCCAUACAAUUGUGUUUAAUUUUUUUUUGGUUUUAUUGCACACACCAGCUGAAAGAAGAGGGAGCAGCAGCGGCGGUAGCAGAGGCAGCGACAGCGGCAGCAAGCAGAGAGUGUGUUUUGAAACGGAGAGGUGAAACAAAGGAGACGAAGAACGGCGACGGCGCAGCGCACACAAAAACACAAUUAAAUUUCGUCUUUUUUUUGUGUUGUAAAUUGUUCGUGACAACUGAUCACACUCACACCCAUCACGUGACGAUACGUAAUAAUUCCAUCUCCCACAAUUGACGUCCACUCCCCCCUUCUAAGAACCCGCCCCCUUCUAUUGACAUCCUGUAAAUCGUUUUACAUAACACACAAUGAACAAUCUGGCGGACACGGUUGUCGUUGAUCCGGGCUUCGGUGGCGGCGACAAACAGCAACAGGCGGUGGCCACUCAACCCCAAGAUCCUAGUAUUGUGGUCCCUCCACCCGCCACCAAGCAAUCCUCAGCACUGAAGAAGACAAAUCGCUAUCGCAGUCGCUCGCUGAGCGCCUCCUCCACGGACUCCUUCAGCUCCGCCUCCUACACCGGCAGCAGCGAGGAUGGCGACGAUGUGCCACCCCGCGAAAAAGUGCAAAAGAACACGAAAGGCAGCUCCGAUUUCUGUGUGCGUAAUAUUGCAGCUCAACAUGCGUUUGGACGUCGCGAAAUCGAGAUUGCCGAACAGGAGAUGCCCGGCAUCAUGGCGCUGCGUAAACGUGCGGCGGAGGAUAAGCCGCUGAAGGAUGCCAAGAUCGUGGGUUGCACCCACAUCAAUGCACAGACGGCGGUGUUGAUUGAGACGCUGGCGGAGCUGGGAGCAAGUGUGCGUUGGGCCGCUUGCAACAUCUAUUCCACGCAAAACGAAGUUGCCGCCGCCUUGGCCGAGUCGGGUAUUCCAAUCUUUGCCUGGCGCGGCGAAACGGAGGAGGAUUUCUGGUGGUGCAUCGAUCGCUGUGUCAAUGCCGAGAACUGGCAGCCCAACAUGAUCUUGGACGAUGGCGGCGAUGCCACCCAUUUGAUGCUCAAAAAGUAUCCCACCAUGUUCAAGCUGGUCAAGGGCAUUGUGGAGGAGAGUGUCACCGGUGUGCAUCGUCUCUAUCAGCUGUCGAAGGCGGGCAAACUGACGGUGCCUGCCAUGAAUGUCAAUGACUCGGUGACGAAGACCAAGUUCGACAAUCUCUAUAGCUGCAAAGAGUCCAUAUUGGACAGUCUGAAGCGUUCCACCGAUGUGAUGUUCGGUGGCAAACAGGUUGUCGUCUGUGGCUAUGGAGAUGUGGGCAAGGGCUGUGCUCAGGCGCUCAAGGGACAGGGCUGCAUUGUGUACAUAACGGAAAUCGAUCCGAUUUGUGCGCUCCAGGCGAGCAUGGAUGGCUUCCGUGUGGUCAAGUUGAAUGAGGUGAUUCGCAACGUGGACAUUGUGGUGACGGCGACGGGCAACAAGAAUGUUGUGGUCCGUGAGCACAUGGACAAGAUGAAGAGCGGUUGCAUUGUGUGCAACAUGGGACACUCGAACACGGAGAUCGAUGUGAAUGGUUUGCGUACCCCCGAUUUGACCUGGGAGAAGGUUCGCUCCCAGGUGGAUCACAUCAUUUGGCCCGAGGGCAAGUAUAUCAUACUGCUCGCCGAGGGUCGCCUUGUCAAUUUGAGCUGCUCGAGUAUACCCUCGUUUGCGGUCUCCAUCACAUCUGCCACGCAGGCGUUGGCAUUGAUUGAGCUGUUUAAUGCGCCGCCCGGUCGCUACAAGAGCGAUGUGUAUCUGCUGCCCAAGAAGAUGGACGAGUAUGUGGCGAGUCUGCAUCUGCCAACGUUCGAUGCGCAUCUCACCGAGCUCAGCGAUGAGCAGGCCAAGUACAUGGGCCUCAAUAAGGCGGGUCCCUUCAAGCCCAACUACUAUCGUUACUAGAGAACAACAACAAACAAUGGGGACAAUAACAACAACAACAACAACAUGAGCAGCAGUAGCCUACAAACAAAACAAUUAGAAACACAACGCCAACGAAAGUAUUUUCUUUGCAAGGAUUAUAAACUAAAAAUGCAUAUAUAUUUAUGCGAGAAUUCUCGCAACAUUUGUUGACAAAACAAACAAAAAAACAAAAACAAACAUAACACAACUAACACUUAACACUAAAAGUUACUAUACAAAAUUGUAUUCGCUUUGUUCACAAAACAAAACAAAACCAAACAAA